CUUUUCUCCCCCUUCUCCUAUUGGCUCCUAGCUCAUCAGCUCCUCUUCCUCUCUUUCCUUUACUAGGUUUUCUCGCCAUUUCAAAUCCAAAAUCCAACACGCGUACCCCUCUCGCUCCCCCUCUCUUAUACAUCGACGAGCCUCUCGAUCCAAAUCUAUCAAUGAAUUAGGGUUCCUAUCUCUCUAAUUUUUUACGAUCUUCGAUAUUAUUGCAGAAGAUUAGCUUCAGUUUCCUCUCUCCAUAUGAAUCUGAAUUGUGCAACCAAGGAAAUGACCGGACUGUCCUUUCCGUUGGAUCGAAAUCCGCUCGAUUCUCCUGCCUCCACUAAUCCUCUUCAAAGUGGUAGAAAUGCCUUCUGUUUGUUAGUGCAGAGAGAGAUUUGUCCGAGAACGAAGCACACACCGAAAAGGCGGUGGGGAGAAGAUGCUCAUUGGAAUUCGAAUUCGUCGUCCUCACCUAAAACUGAGCAAGCUAGAGAUGCAAAACGCGGUCUUAUUUCGUGGGUUGAGGCGGAGUCGUUGCGGCAUUUAUCGGCCAAGUAUUGCCCGUUGGUGCCUCCUCCAAGGUCGACCAUAGCAGCAGCAUUUAGUCCUGAUGGAAAAACACUUGCUUCUACGCAUGGUGAUCACACGGUGAAGAUAAUCGAUUGUCAAACUGGAAAUUGCUUAAAGGUGUUGAUGGGUCACCGGAGGACCCCGUGGGUGGUCAGGUUCCACCCACUGCAUCCGGAAAUUCUUGCAAGUGGAAGCUUGGAUUAUGAAGUUCGCUUAUGGGAUGCAAACACAUCAGAGUGUAUAGGAUCUCGUGAUUUCUAUCGUCCUAUUGCUUCCAUUGCUUUCCAUGCAGAAGGAGAAUUGCUGGCUGUUGCAUCAGGUCACAAGUUGUACAUAUGGCACUACAAUAAGAGAGGGGAGGCAUCUUCACCAACCAUUGUAUUGAGGACUAGGCGUUCUCUUCGAGCAGUGCAUUUUCACCCGCACGGGGCUCCAUUUCUCUUGACUGCUGAGGUCAAUGAUCUUGACUCUUCAGAUUCCUCGAUGACACGGGCAACAUCUCCCGGUUACCCGAGAUAUCCUCCUCCUGCUGUUUUUGUCGCAAAUGGUCAGUCCAAUGAUCGUGUUAGCUUGGCUUCUGAACUACCUCUUGUGUCCUUUCCUUUGCUGUUCGUGCCUUCAUUUUCCAUAGAUGAUACUAGAGUAGAUGUUAAUAGACAUGUCAAUUCAUGUACAAUGCUAGUGGAGUCCUCUACUUCAACCCAGCCUCAAAUGGAUACGAAUGCAGCAGAUAGAUAUGAUCCCUUGGUAUCUCCCAUGGAGACAUUUCCUGCAGUCCCUUCUAGUUCAUAUACCAGUGCAGAAGGUAUAGUAAGUAAUGCUUUCCCGUCUGGAAUGGGAAAUAGUGUUUCUAACAGCAGAGAAGAUGCCAUGGAGACCGAUGAAAUGCAGUCUGUAGGGGGGAACCCACAAGGAAACUCUGUUAAUUUAGAGACAUUUGGUGUUGGUAAUAGUGCAACGGAUGGAGUACCUGCACAUACUUCAGUUAGGCAGCAGUCCACUGAUUUUGGGCAACUUCAGCAGUUUCUACCCUCCAGAGACUCCACGAGGUGGGAGCUCCCACCCUUUUUGCAAGGAUGGUUAAUGGGUCAGAGCCAAGCUGGUGUUCCAUCGACACUUCCUCUUAAUAGUGGUGGUCAUGAACUUUCAGCCCAGUAUUUCGGUCCUUCCUCAUUAGCAUCUUAUCUGUCUACUCAGAAUGUGGAAGCUGCAGUGGCUUCUUUAGCAAUGCCUGGAAGCACCAGCCUAUCUGGGGUUUCUGGGAGAUCUGGCUCGCGGCAUCGCGUUUCACGCUCCCGGUUCUCUGUGCCUGAAUCUGGGGAAAGUGUGGCUCCCAUCAAUAUGCAACACGAGGGUACUGAUAAUCAGCCCUUAUUUAAUAGAAUCCAAUCUGAAAUUGCCACGUCAUUGGCAGCUGCUGCAGAGUUACCAUGCACCGUAAAGCUUAGAGUGUGGUCACAUGACAUAGAACAUCCUUGUGCUCCACUCAAUUCUGAUAAAUGUUGCUUAACCAUACCUCAUGCUGUCCUUUGUAGUGAAAUGGGUGCUCAUUUUUCACCAUGUGGAAGAUAUUUAGCUGCCUGUGUUGCUUGCAUGCUGCCCCAUAUGGAAGCUGAUCCUGGUUUACAAACGCUUGUCCAUCAAGAUACUGGAACCGCAACUUCUCCUACUCGACACCCAAUAUCAGCUCACCAAGUUAUGUACGAGCUUCGCAUAUAUUCCCUGGAGGAGGCAACUUUUGGUUCAGUGCUUGUGUCACGUGCAAUUAGAGCUGCUCAUUGUUUGACUUCAAUCCAGUUCUCACCAACAUCUGAGCACAUAUUACUGGCUUACGGUCGACGCCACGUAUCCCUUCUAAAAAGCAUUGUCAUUGAUGGGGAAACAAAAUCACCUAUCUAUACGGUUUUGGAGGUUUACAGAGUUUCAGAUAUGGAACUUGUGAGAGUGCUUCCUAGUGCAGAGGAUGAGGUCAAUGUCGCUUGUUUUCAUCCCUUUGCUGGGGGAGGUCUUGUUUAUGGAACCAAGGAAGGGAAACUUAGAGUCCUCAAGUAUGAUGGUGCCCAUGGUGUUUGUUGUACAGGACCAAGUUACUUUCCUGAAGAGAACAUGGCUGAGGUAGAAUAGAAUGAAAGGUGCAGACAUAUGCUCUAGAAGGUUAAAACCCCAUGAUUCCAGUUUGUGCAAUCUGUGCAGCUCAGGCCUGGUGGUAUUGACUCUGUCACCUUAUUUCAUUUUUCUAUACAACGUAUCGAAAUUUCAGAUUCUGCCCUAUCAAUGUUCGUACGUUUACUGAGGUUCUGCAAUGUCUGCUACCAUGGGGCCAGAAAGCUCACACCAUUGUAUACGAGGCAGAUGUUUAACAUUCGCUGCGCGUCUUGCAGUACCAGAUUUGAAGCAGGUUUGACUAACUUCCGGAGAUCUACAUUUCCUGAUUUCCUAAAAUUGGGAAAUGUAUUCUGAUUUAUGUGCUAAAAUGUAAAAUAUUGUGCCUCAGUAGUAUACUAAUACAAGUCUGUAUUUUUUCCUUUUAA